GAGUCAGAGAGAUGUUCAGAAUCGAAUUCAUAAGAAGCACACUCACUCGAUCUCACCCACAGAGAUUGUCUCGUGUAUCAUCCCUCUUAUCAACAUGGUACUCUCCAGAAACUAUUUCUCAAGCAGACAACGACGACGAUGACCCAAUUCUAAUCAAACUCUCAACUGCCAUCAGAGACUCUUACAAGGAACCGCCGUCGGAGUUCUCUUCUUCAAUCAGAAAGGUUCUUCCUUCGCUCAGUGUUCGUCAUGUUAUCGAUCUCAUCAACCGUAACCCUCUCUCCCUCCCACACCGUUCUAUCUUCGCUUUCUUCAAAUUCAUCUCAUCUCAGCCUGGAUUUGGGUUUACCGCUGAAUCAUACUUCGUCAUGGCUCGUUUUCUCGCUGUUCACGAGAUGUUCACGGAAGCACAAUCACUCAUCAAUCUCGUCGUCUCUCGUAAAGGCAAAAACUCGGCUUCUUCAGUUUUUGUUUCUCUGGUAUCAAUGCGAGGAGCUCCGAUGUGUGAUUUCCUUGUUGACACUUUGAUGAUCACCUACACUGAUCUAGGUUUCAUACCCGAUGCUAUUCAAUGUUUUAGGCUAUCUCGGAAGUAUAAGUUUGUUGUUCCAGUUCGUGGUUGUGGUAAUCUGCUUGAUCGGAUGAUGAAGGUGAAUCCAAAUGGGACUGUUUGGGGAUUCUAUAUGGAGAUUUUGGAUGCUGGGUUUCCUUUGAAUGUUUACGUUUUCAAUAUCUUGAUGAAUAGAUUUUGUAAAGAAGGCAAUAUAUGUGAUGCCCAGAAGGUGUUCGACGAAAUUACUAAAAGAGGCUUGAAGCCUUCAGUUGUUAGUUUCAACACUUUGAUUAAUGGUUACUGUAAAAAUGGAAACUUGGGUGAAGGGUUUAGUCUCAAGGAUCGUAUGGAGAAAAGCAGAACACGCCCAGAUGUUUUCACGUAUAGUGCCUUGAUUAAUGCGUUGUGUAAAGAGAAUAAGAUGGGUGGAGCACAUGGUCUGUUUGAUGAGAUGUGUGAGAGAGGGUUGAUUCCAAAUGAUGUUAUUUUCACUACUUUGAUUCAUGGUCAUAGUAGGAGUGGACGGAUUGACUUGAUGAAAGAAAGUUACGAGAAGAUGUUGAGUAGGGGUCUUCAGCCUGAUCUUGUUCUAUAUAAUACUUUAGUAAAUGGGUUUUGCAAGAGUGGGGAUUUGGUGGCUGCAAGGAAGAUAGUUGAUGGGAUGAUCCGUGGAGGUCUGAGGCCUGACAAAAUUACAUACACAACUCUUAUUGAUGGAUUUUGUAGAGGAGGAGACGUAGAAACAGCUUUGGAGAUAAGGAAGGAAAUGGAUCAGAAUGGGAUUGAACUCUAUAGGGUGGGUUUCUCAGCUCUUAUUUGUGGAAUGUGCAAAGAAGGAAGAGUCGUUGAUGCUGAAAGAGCUUUGAGGGAGAUGCUGCGAGCUGGUAUGAAGCCUGAUGAUGUAACUUAUACAAUGGUGAUGGAUGCAGUCUGUAAGAAAGGUGAUGUUCAAACCGGUUUCAGAUUGCUCAAGGAAAUGCAGAGCGAUGGGCAUAUUCUUAGUGUUGUGACGUAUAAUGUUCUGCUGAAUGGACUAUGCAAAUUGGGACAGAUGAAGAAUGCUGACAUGUUGCUAGAUGCCAUGCUUAAUAUAGGGGUUGUUCCGGAUGACAUCACAUACAACAUCCUAUUGGAAGGUCACCAUAGACAUGCAACUGCAUCAAAGCAUUAUAAACAGAAACCUGAGAUAGGGAUUGUAGCUGACUUGGCCUCUUACAAAUCACUAGUCAAUGAGAUUUACAGAGCUUCGAAAGAUCACCGGAACAGCUAACAUCCGACUAUUUGUUCCUAGAUACGACCGAAACUUUCCUAUUAAUCACCAAGAGUCGUUUUUUCAUCUUAGGUAAUUCUCGGGAAUAUCUAUUCUAUAUUUCUCUCCUUUAUUUCAUUUUUUCAAUGUUUAAAUAAGCUUUGAUUAGAUUUUAGUUUUCUGAAACCAGUAUUGUUCCCAAUGUUGGAGUCUAUAAUGUUUUUUUUUUGGUAAAAGGAGUCUAUAAUGUUUCAAAUUGUAUGUUUCACUUUAUCGAGUGGAAUAUGGAUUCAUGUGGCAUGUAGUAGAUUUUAAAUCAUUAAGCAUUUAGUUUUGUGUCGGUUAGUUGGCCCUUCAAAUACCUGAUUCCAUGAGGCUAGAUUAGGUUGCUGCAUAAAAUUCGAAGGGAACAGUAGCAAUUCCUAAUUUUUGUCCAUUUGUUGUUAAUCUUUUUAGUAUCUACAAGGUUUGGCCACUAUCCAAUUUCAUUACGAAUACUGUGAUGUACUUUACUUGUAUAGUUGCAUAUAUGAAAGCCCUCUCAUCUUUGUGUGUAAGUUGCAUUGAGUGUACUUUCGAAGCAUAGAAGAGAGGAAGGCACGUGUGAAGAAUUGUGAGGCGGCUAAACUUGUAACACAAGCGAUUGGGAUUGUCUAUAAAGUGUAUCAGCAUUUGUUGAAGUUGUUAUGUUGGUUCUUGUUUAUAGAUCAGUCAUUAUGAGACUGUGAGUGAGGAUAGUUUUAUGGAGAACUAUUUAUUUAUGUUUGUAGUUAUUUACUGAUAUUCUUAUUGUACACACUUGCAAUUGUACAUAUUGCAUACUUGG